AUGUCCGCCCAAACUGAUACCCCUCUUGGCGAGAUCGACGCCAUCUUCGACCGCCUCAAGACCCGCUUCGCCUCCCGCGCAACCUACUCGGUCGACUAUAGGACAUACCACCUCAAGCAGCUGGGGUACAUGCUCAAGGACAACCAGCAGCAGAUUUACGAUGCGCUCAAGACUGAUCUGGACAAGGGGAGCUGGGCGUGCGAUAUCGAAGAGCUGUACCCCAUUUACAACGAGAUCGAGCUGGCGAUCCGCAAGCUGCCCGAGUGGAUGAAGACAGAGAGCCGAUCCAAGGACGCGAUCACGACGUUCAAGUUCAUCUCUCCACGAAUUGUAAAGCAGCCCAAGGGCGUCGUGCUCAUCAUCGGCCCUUGGAACUUCCCCAUCCAAUGCGUCUUGAUCCCGCUCGUGAACGCUAUCGCGGCCGGAUGCCCAGUAAUCCUCAAGCCAUCCGAGCUGUCUCCGGCGGUCUCGGUCCUCCUAUCGCAGCUCAUCCCGCGAUACCUCGACCCGGAAGCAUACGCGGUGGUUGCUGGUGGGAUUGAGCACGCCACAAAGCUACUCGAGAAGGAGUGGGGUCACAUCAUCUAUACUGGCUCGACAAGGGUCGGGCGGAUUGUAGCUGCCGCAGCAGCCAAGACGCUCACGCCGACUACGCUGGAGCUUGGCGGUAAAAGCCCGGUCAUCGUUGCCGAGUGCGCCAACAUCAAAGUGGCGAUGAAGAGGCUUUUGUCGCUCAAACAGGCGAACAUCGGACAGAUGUGCGUGAGCCCGGACUAUAUCCUCUGCGUCCGCUCUCGCGUGGACGAGCUCGUCAGCUUCUGCAAGAACACUCUUGACGAGUACUGGCCCAAGCACCCGCACCCCCAAUCGUUCCUCAACACCCAAGCCACCGCCCGCCUCGCCUCGAAGUCCGGGUACAACCGCCAGCUCUCCUUCCUGGAGCACGCGGAGCAGCAGGGCACGCUCAUCUACCGCGGCGAGACGGAUGAGGAGAAGCAGCGGAUGGGUAUCAGUCUGGUUCUGCUUGAUAAAGGCAAGGAUGGGGGGAAGGUCAUGCAGGAAGAAGUGUUCGGGCCUGUUCUGCCCAUCAUCGUGGUGGAGGACCUGGAUGAGGCUAUCAAGUACAUCAAUGAUAGGCCUCACCCGCUUGCGCUGUACGGCUGCACUACGACCAAGAAGGCCCAGGACAGGAUCAUCGCCGAGACGAUCUCGGGCUCGCUGACCUUCAACGACUUUGGUGUCGCGACUAUUAACCGAUCACUCCCCUUCGGUGGUGUAGGCGAGAGUGGAUGGGGCUCCUACCACGGUCAAGACGGCUUCAACACCUUUACGCACAACAAGCCUGUACUGAAUUCACCAUUCUGGACCGAGACGAUCCAAACGAUCCGCUACCCGCCUUUGACCCCUACGAAGGCCUGGAUCGCCCGCCUCUCCUUCCUCAUACCGAUGAACUACAAGCGACCCAUCUCUGUCGAGCAAGAGUACAACCGACGCAAGCGGCGGGCGAUCAUCAGGUGGCUGGCCAUCAUGCUGAUUGGGCUGAGUGGGGGGUGGUUUGGGCUUGCGGCGAUCAUGGGGCGGACUACCUAA